AUGACUUCCCCCAGACUCAUUCCCGUGUGGAAGGAUUUUAAAUACCUUAUAAAUGACAUGAUACAUAAAAGCAAGCAAACUUUAGAUGACCCAAAGAUUGAUGUAGUUGUGUUGAGUGACCGGUCCCAGAUCCUGUUCAAAGAGUCUCGCCAUCCUCAAAAUAUGCCACUUAUAUGCUAUUACUUCAGUGAUGCCCACUUCUUUGCUUCCCUCCCGUGGGUGACAACAAGCACAAAAGAAAUACAGGCUGUGGUAUGGAUGAAGAGCAAAACUGAGGACAUGGUGCAGAAGAGAACAUUCUCCAUGACUGAACGACUGCCGCCCAUCCAGUCCAUGGUUCACACAGGUUCCUUUCAUAUCCUCGUGGUCUACUGUGGUGACCUGCUCCUGCGGCUCUUUGGGGACCACUUUCAGUCAUUCAAACCCCUAGGUAUAGUGCCCUGCCGCUUUAACAUCAGCUGCCUCUGCUAUGACCCAGAAAUGAAGAUGCUUCUGUCGGGAAUCCUGGGGGCAGUGGUCACCUGGAUCAUGGAGCAGAGUGGCAAGGGUCUCCAAAUAGCCCACAUGGUUUCCAUGCCUGGUGAUGAGCUUGUCCACAACAUCAUGUUGAACGGCCCCAAUGGCUCCCUUGUAGCCCUAUGUGAGACUGUGGUGAGGGUCCUUGAGCGCCAGGGCCACGGCCGGCUGGCAGAGGUGAAGAGGUUCCCUUCCACCACCAGUGGCUCCUCAAUCACCUGCUGCUUCACCUGUUUUGAGCAGGGCUUUCUCUAUGCUGGAAACAGGACUGGGGAAAUCCAAGUGUGGAGCCUCAAUCAGGGGCACGCACUCCACAGUUUCAAGGCCCAUUUCUCAUCGGUGAUAUGUAUCCGCAGCCGGCCAGAAGCCCACACCCUGCUAACAGCCGGCCAAGAAGGCUUAAUCAAGGAGUGGAACCUGACUUCAGGGAGUCUGCUGCGGCAGCUAGAACUUGGCGAGGAACUGUAUCAACUCCAGUUUAUUGAUAGCACUACUUUCUUCUGCCAGACUACCCAUUCUUUCUCCUUGCGCAGUCUGCCGUGCUUCUAUAACCUCUUCAAUGUCUGUGGCUCUGCUCCCAAGCAGAUACGUCGGGUCCGCUGUGGCAAUAACUGGUUCCGGAUCCUGUGCACUACUGAGGAUGGCUUGUUGCGCUUUGUGUCCCCACUAACAGGGAAUCUUCUGGUUAUCACCUGGCCCUUCUCAAUCCUGGACCGGGCUGUGGAUUGGGCCUAUGACCCAGAUAAAGAGGAGCUCUUUGUAGCAACAGGCAGCUCAGAUGUGCUGGUAUUUGACACAACCCGCUGCCCUUGCCCAGCCAAGUAUCUUAUAUGCACCUCACCAGAUUCUCAGGACUUGGUACAAUGCCUGGCUUAUGGGCAUUUCCACCUGGGUCGGGGUCUAGAAGGACUAAUGUUCUCUGGACACCAGAGUGGUGUGAUCAGAGUGCUUUCCCAGCACAGCUGUGCCCAAAUAGAGAAACUCAUGCACUUCGGGGCUGUAUUAGCACUCUCUACACUGCCUGGAGGGCUUUCUGGUUGCCGAGAAAACUCUUUGCUCUGUUCCUAUGGAAUGGAUGACUACGUACACCUAUCAGAAGCUGUGCUUGACGGGGUGAGAGUGCAGCUGCAGCCCCUUGCCAGCAUUCUCAGCAGCUGUAAGCUAACACACUUGAUACUCUUGCCCAAGUCUGUGAGUGCCAUCACGGAGACUAACUGCCUGCGUCUCUGGAAGUUCCAUGACUUUCUGUCCUCUGGGUCACAGGAAGGCUCAACGUUCAUAGACACAUUGCCUCUGCACCAGUGUACCAUCACAUCUUUUGAUGUCUGCCUAUCCUUGAGUCUUUUUGUCACGGGUGGCAGUGAUGGCUCUGUCCGGAUCUGGAACUUCCAUGGUAGACUCAUAGCCAUGCUGGACUCAUCAUUGCACUUUGGCCCACUCUGCUUUGCAAAUGACCGGGGUGACCUGCUAGUCACUUUCAACCAGAGUCUUUAUCUGGUGUCCUGUUUAAAACUGCUUCCCUCAGCCCUGCUGGCUCGCCUUUCCCUUAUAGGUUUGACAGAUGAAGUGCUAGAAGUUCCUAAGCCUUUCAUACCAAGCUUCUUCUUCUCCUUUGAGACCAUGUUUGUGCCCAAGUAUAUCUACUUUGGACAAGGGCAACAGCAAUUAGUGGGUCUGGAGAACCUUGUCAAUAAUCGGGCCAUCGCCUUUGAUCAUAAUGUGCCACACGUCAUAGAAGAUGAGCAAGGGAGCCCUGUGUUACUGUCUUCCUUCAGACACGAUUCCUUGUAUAAGGAAGCUGAUUGGACACAGGUGAAAAAACCUCUGCAUUCCCAUUAUGUUCUUCCUCCCCAGCUACAGCUGACUACCUGGGAUGGACUCAACCCUUACCAGAUACUGCAAUACUACUUUGGCCAUGGGCAGAAAUGGCUCUUGGCUCCUGAUUGCUACAUUCCUAACUCAGUGAUUCGUGCCCGUCUUUGGCCACAGGGCAGCCCAAUAUACCUACAGUGCAACCUGCACUCACCCAUGCGGGACCUGGAACGGGACAAGUCUCAACAAUUCUUCUUCUGGCACAGUAGGGCAAGAGCUAUAAGUGAUGUAGGAGAAUAUGCACGUGAAAAGGAGGAUGAAGACUUCCUUGAAAUAAGAGCGUCAAAGGAUAUAACUUACAGUGUCCUUACAGACUCAGCAAACUGCAGUUGGCUGGGAAGAAAGAUGAGUGAAGUAGCUAUCAAUAGCCUGAUAGAGACAAUUCUCAAUAUUAUGAUCCAUGCUUCUCCACUGAAGUACCAGAGCUGUAUUGGUACACUAGGGCAAAUCUUUGCCUCUUACCAGGUUCCUCCACUCCUGCGUGCUGAAACAGCCCGUCGUCUGUUGGAUGAUACAACCAAUUCCAAUCCACUGAUCCGAGAGCUAGCCUGGGAAGGGCUGAAGUGUCUAGGAAUGAUUACACAUCUCUUUGCCGUGCCUCUGGCCCAAAGACUAAUGGACAAAGAUGAAAGAGUAAGGAAUAAGGCCCUGAGCCUCAUGGCUGAGACUGGAAUCCACUCUAAGACCUCACUCUUAAACUUGAUCCAGAACGAAGAUACUUUCUGGGAGAUGCAGCAGGAAAUGAUUGGGGAAGAAACCCUGGACCAUCUGCUGGGAAUGCAGGCCACAGAUCUUCAAAUCCUUCAUACCCAAGUGGAGCAGCGAUUGAAUGAAAACCUGAUCUUAUCACUGGGUGAUGAAAAGCCUACUUUUUCUUUAGAUGUCUCAGGGGCUUCUGAACUUACCGCCCUUUCCAACCAACUUGAUACAGCUCCUGAAGAACCUGAAGUUGCCUACAAGCCCAGCAAAGGCCAAAGAUGGGGCCGAGUAGGCGGCAGAAAGCAUACCCGAAAAUUUUUGCAGAGCCUCAAGAAGAUGAAAGAGACUGGCACAGAGCCAGGUCCCUUAGAGGGUGAAGGUGAUCAGAGUGAAGCUGCACCAACUGAGAGGGAGGAGUGUAGGUCUUCAACCUCCAGUACACUAAAGAUUUCAAAAGAUGACGAACAAGAGCCUCCAGGGAUAGAUGCCUCAAAGGAUCAUGUUGCAUUGAAGAUGCUGAGGAAGAUACGUGACAAAAGAGGCAGGAAAGCAACACUUCAGAAACCCAUAGAGAGGCGCAAGAGGAAGACAAUAGACGCUGAAGUUACAGUUGAGGACCCUCCAUAUCCUAUAAGGAGAGAAUCAGUUGUGAAGCUGGUGGAAGUCAGAGGGCAGAGUGCCUCUGGAGCUCCUGGCCACAGGACUACCCCUGGAGAUGGCUCAUCAUGGCGGGACGAUCUAUGUCGUCUUAUGACCCUGAGGAUAUCUGGUUCCCAGACAAAAAUGUCAGAAGCUCUAAACACUGAGCUAGUGACCAUGGCUCAGGCGGUGCUGGCAGAUCGAUGGCCCAGCUGGGAGCUCUUUCAGGAGAUCUGCCCCCUGUUGAAGAAAGAAAGUAAGGAACGGCUUGAGGACCUUGACUGGGAUGUAGCCUGGCCAGAGGAGAAACCAGUUUUUCCUCAUGCAGGAGCAAUUAGAGAGGACAUGGUGAUCAGUGACAAGGAAGAGGAGACAAAAGAGGAGCAAGAGCGAAAGAAAGAAAGGGAUGUGCUGGACUUGUGGGAAACCCAGGUGAUUCCAAACAAAGGCAAGAAAAAGAAAGUUGUUUUUUUAGAACCAGACGUAACCAAGGGAAAACGAAUAUCAAAGAAAGAAGAGAAGAAACCCUCUAAGAAGCCUUCUAAGCAGGAGGGGAAAGCAGUCCAGCAGGAAAUAAAAGUGGAUAAAAAAGAGAGGAAAAAAACCAAAGAAGAGGAGACGGACGUGAGUCAGGAAGUGGGAGAAAAGGCCAAAUUAGAGGAGAAAGUGGUUGAGCAAGAAGGAAGACCAGUUAAGGAAGAGACAAAACUGUCUCGGCAGGAGUGGAAGAAGCUCUGGGAUCAGUGGAAACAGGCCAACAGUGAGACGAGGAUAUCCUGGGAUGAAUGGAAGAAAGCCUGGGAAAGCAGGCGUCUUCAGGAAGAGGAGAAGCUCCAUGAGGAAGAAGAAAAGCUGUUCCCAGAUGAGGAAGAGCUGGAGAGGGACAAGAAGAAGCAGACAUGGGAUAAAUGGUCACAGAUCUGGGAAAAGAUGUCAGCCAGGGCCAGGGAGCAAUUGUUGGAGGAUGAGGAGGAAGUGACCCUGGAGGAAGAAUUGUCUCAGGAGUGGGAAGGAGAAGAAGCAGCAGCAGCAGCAGCAGAAGAAGAGCUGAUGACAGAAGAGCAGAGACAGAUCCAUCAAGAAUAUAAACAGGCACAGGUUGAGAGGAAACGGGCCCAAGUUGAAAUAAAACGAGCCCAAGAAGAGAGGAAGCUGGCACAAGAAGUAGAGAAGCUAGCACAGGAAGAGAGAAAACUGGCUCAGGAAGAGAGAAACAUGGCCAGAGACUAUGAGAAACUGGCCCAGAAAGACAGGAAAAUGGAGGAGGUAGAGAGGAAGUUUAUCCAGAAUGAGGAAAAACUAGCCCAAAGAGAGGAGAUGCUAACCCAGGAAGCAGAGAAAUUGGCCCAGCGAAGGAAGAAACUGGCCAUGAAAUUGGAGAAACUGGCUCAAGAAGAAGAGAAAAAAGCAAAGAAAGGAGGGAAGCUAGCUGAGGUAAAAAAGAUAUUGGUCCAGAAAUUGGAAAAACUGGCCCAGAAGGAGCAAGAUGUAGCAUGGCAAGAAAAGGAACUAGCCCAGGAAUUGGAGGACCUGGCAUGGGAAGAGGAGGAACUGAAUCAGGAAGAGGAGGAACUGGAAGAAGAACUGCUUAUCCAGAAAGAGGAGAAACUGGUCCAGGACAAGGAAAAACUGGCUGAGGAAAAGGAAAGACUUGGCCAGAAAAGGGAGCAAUUGAUGGAGAAUAAGCAAAAGUUGGCCCAGGAAGAAGAGCUGCUGAUCCAGGAAGAGAAGAAACUGGCCCAGGACAAUGAAAAAUUUCCUGAAGAAGAGGAAAGACUUGGCCAGAAAAGGGAGCAACUGAUGGAGAACAAGCAGAAAUUGGCCCAAGAAGAAGAGCUACUGAUCCAGGAUGAGAAGAAACUGACCCAGGACAUGGAAACACUGCGUGGGGAGGAGGCAAGACUUGUCCAGAAAAGGGAACAAUUGCUAAAGAAUAAGCAAAAACUGGCCCAGGAAAGGAAUAAUCUGGCUCAGGAGAAGGUGAAACUGGCUCAGAGGAAAGAAAACUUAAUCCAGCUCAAAGAACGCCUCACUGAGAAGAGAAAGAAAUCAGACCAAGAAAAGGAGAAACUGGACAUGUACAAGAAGAGACUGGUUCAGAUAGAGAAGAAGCUGAUGGAGGAAAAGGAGAAACUUUUCCAGAAGAAGGAGAAAUUGGCUGCUAUAGAGGAAAAACUGACCCAAUUAGAGGAAAGGCUGGCUGAGGAACAGCACCAAAUAGCCCAGGACAAAAUGAAAUUAGCUAUGGAAAAGAGGGUGAUAUUCCAAGCACUGAAACAGCUCAGAGGUGACUGGUCUAUUACUAAGGAAGGAAAGGCAUUGGGCAUGGAAAUAAAGAAAUUGGCCUGGGAGAAGGUGAGACUGGCUGAGGGAAAGGCAACUCUCUUUAAAAAAGAGACUCAAGAAACUUCAAGACAGGGAAGACCAAUUAAGGAUGAACUAGAACUAAUUAAGAGGAAAUUGUCACUAGAGGAAAAGAUACUGGUCUAUGAAGAUAGGAUACUGGCCACAGAGCAAACAGACAUUACCAAAGGAGAACUGGAGUUUACUAGAGGAGGGAGAGUAUGUGCCCAGGAAGAAAGGAAGCUAGCCAAAUUAAUAAGGAAGAUGGCUAAAGAAAGCAAGGGCAUUUCCAAGGAACCAUUAAAAGUAAGCAGCAAAAUCUUAAAGAUACUUCAAGGCCUUAUCAAAAAAGAAAGGAAACUAACCCAGGAAGAAAUAGAGAUGACAAAGUUAAAGAGGUCUUUCAUUACUAAGGAAAAGGAAUUGAACAAGGUACAGAAUGAACUUGAUGCCAAGGAGUGGGGUUUUUCUGAGGAACAACCAGAAAUUGCCACAGAUGAGAAGAAACUGGCUAAGAGGCAGAGAGAACUGGCCAAGGAAAUGAGAAGACUGAUAAAGAAAGAGAAAAAGAUGACUGAGGAAGAAAGCAGAUUGGCCAGGCAACACAGAGAAGUCAUACAGGAAGAAGAGGAGGAUGAAAUAACAGAGGAAGAAGAGGCAAAGCCAUUCCUUAAACAAAGGUCAAGAAAGAGAGAAAAGCUAAAGAGAGUUGAUUUGCAACAGGAAGAGUUUCUCAGUCAAGAGGAUGAGGUGAAAAGUGUGAAAAGUGAAGAGAGCUUUUCUGAAGAAAUGGAAAGCUUAUUAGAUGAAAUAGAGCGAGAGAGUUUGUCUGAAGAGGAGGAGGAGGAGGAAGAGGAGGAAAUGGAAGAGGAGGAAGAAGAGGAAGGGAAGGAGAAGAAGAAGAAAAAGAAGAAGAAGGUGCAGGAGGAGGAAGUGUUUGAGAAGGAGGAAAGCAUGAGUGAGGAAGAGAUGGAGCAUUUGAGUGAGAAAGAGGGGGAGGAAGAGGAGAGAAGCUCAUUGGAAGAAGAGGUAGACAAGAAGAAAGAGAUCUUUAAAAAAGAAAAACUAUUUAAGUUACCAGGAGAAAGAAAAAAGGACUUAAAAGGAAGAGAAGCAGCCCCUUCUAUUGAGAAAAGAAUCCCCAAGGUCAAAGGCAGAGCUAUAAAACUUGAAGUUCUCAAAAGCCCUCCCAAGCAACUGAUCUCAGUAGUUCUGGGGAGGGAAGAGAAGAUACCAGUGCCAGGGUCAACUAAACAAAUAUCCUGGGAAGAUAAGGCCACAGUACUUGAGACGUCCAGGGUAUUCCCAGGGACAGGGUUUAUGGAUAAACAAGAAGAACUGUUGAAGAAAUAUAAGCCCAUACCUCUACAAGUUUUGGAUACAGUGUUGGAGUCCCAAGAGCCUGACUUAAAGACCCCAUAUUUAUCCUACAUAUUGAAGAAGACCAUGGAAGCUCAUAAACUCCAAGGCAAACAACUAGGGGCCAAGUGGCAGUGGCUUCUGCAGCGUCAUCCAUCUCUGAAGGGACAGACUGAGGUACAAUUACCUGUGUCCAAAAUCCUGGCUGAGGAAAUAUAUGCAGACAUCAGCCUCUCAGAUGUAGAGUGGAUCCACCAUGUCCUAGAACAGAUGGAGGCAGGAGAACCGCUUUCCAGGGAUAGUUUCCACAGAUUGUGCCAGCUUCUCAAAGACCUCACUGCAAAGGAAAACUUAGAGUGGAUGCAUCUGGCCAAACUUGAAGCCAUUGUGUACCGUCACAAGCAGAACUUGGAAUCACGAAGCACAAGUAUCUCAAAACCCAGUAAGGAGCCCAUGGGUCCAAAAUACCUGAAAGUGAUCCCUCCUAUAAAAGGAAAGGAAAAGGAAAGCUGGCUAAAACCUUUGGCUGUCACCACACCAAAGUCCCCAUUAGCUACCAAAAUGAUUCCAGACCUGAAGGCUAUAAAUUGGCAUCUUCUAGGAGAGCCUUACAGGAGUGUGCGGGCAGAGCAGAUAUCCACUGCUCGCAAGGAGAUGGAGAUGCAACACCAUUAUCCUCCAACAAGAGACAUUUUCACAGGUGCCCUUGACCCUGUGGAAAAACAAACCCUAGCACUGAUGUUUCAAAAGGACUUCUGGGCUUUUAAGGAUAAGGGCAGGUCUGCCAAAUUGCCCAAGUUGGAAAAGAAGGCACAGCCCAUCUCUAAAAAAAAGGACAAGGUGCCUCUAUGGGAGACAUUUGUGGCAAUGUACCAUGUUUUGCGGAUGUUGCAGGAGCGAUACGCGAAAGACAGUGCUGCUUGGAUGGAACAGUUCUACCGUCUCAUGGACCUGUACCAGCUUAAGUCCCCCCGAAUCCAGAGGCUACUACAGGAACUGCUAUUGAGAGGGGCACCCCAAUCCCAAGAGAUCAUUUACAAAGAGGCCCUAAAGGCCACGGAGCUAGUUCCUGGGGAGCGGUUGUUCUACCACCUGUUCUGUGGUGGCUCUCACACCCCUAAAGGUCCUCUGGAGUUCCAGGAGGUGGUUCCCCUCCCAGGGAAGAACAAUGUACGUACCAUGCUCCCUAUGGGCAUUGCCCAGUAUGGGAUCUUAGAACUUGCCUGGAAGAGCCUGCCGCAAGCUGAUGUACACCUCACCAAGGAAUUGCCCUACAACGUUGCUCCUACCCCCUAAUCUGGGACUGAAGGGGCAGGACUUUUCAUUCCCACCUGGAGAAAGGCCUUGUCACCAGAAUUUAGACCUUUAUCCCUAGGGCCCACACAGAGGUAGAGCCAUGCCAA